UUUGGAUACUGUUCAAAAACGACGAAUCAACAUGUGAUGAAUUGUUUGGAAAAUUAUGAUGAUUUUUUUUCUAUCAAAAUUAAAAAAAAAUGUCUCGAUGUUUUUGGCAAAUUUUUAAAACAAAUCUUAAUGAAUCAUUAUCGUUUCGUUUAAAUUCAACAUUUUCAAAUGUAACAAAACUUAAAUCAAUUAAAAAUGAAUUAGUUUAUAAAGAGAUAGAUCCAUCAAAAUAUAAACAUUUAAUUAAUAAUAAUGGUACAUCAAUCGAAAUGAUUUUAAAAGAAUAUGAUUAUCUAAAAUAUAUGACUGGUUAUGUACCAUCGGAUAUUGAUACGGAACAAAUGUCCGAUUUAUUAUCAAUGGAAAAUGAACGACAACGUAAACAAUAUUUUCGAUAUUUAUUUUUAAAUGAAAUUCGUAAACAAAAAGAUUUUCGAAAACGUUUGGAACGUAAAGAACAAUAUCAACAAUAUUUAAAUACACGUGAUGAACGUACUUUUGGUAUUUUCGAUGAAAAUGGUCAACUUUCCUAUCAAUUAUGGUCAAAUACAUUGAUUGGUCGAAUAUCAUCAAGAAAUGUAUCACAUAUACGUACUACACAACGUUUACGAUAUGCAUCAAUGUUUGGACAGAAAUUAAUAAUCGAUCUUGAUUAUGAUGAUUAUAUGUCAUUGAAUGAAUGUCGUAUACAAGUUAAUCAUAUUGUACGAUUAUUGGGUGAAAAUCUUCGUACAACAAAUGAUCCAUUUGAUAUUUAUUUUACAAAUUGUGAUUAUCAAAAACCAACAAUGAAAAAUUUAUCCAGAUUUUUCGAUACUAUGCCUUUUCAGUUAAUGUCAUUACAGCAACAAUUUCUAACGAAAAGUUAUAUGGAUGUAUUUGAUAAUGAACGUCUUGUUUAUCUAACACCAAAUGCAACAGAAACAUUAAUUGAUUAUAAUCAUAAUGAUAUCUAUAUAAUCGGUGGUUUUCUCGAUAAAUCUAAUCUAAAUAAACCGAUAAGCCAUAUGAAAGCCAAAUUGGCUGGUAUACGACAAUAUCGUUUACCAUUAGAUCAAUAUGUACCAUGGGGAUCCGGUUCAUCAAAACAUCUUUGUAUAAUGCAUGUAGUUGCCAUUUUAAAUCAGGUAAAACAGACUAACAAUUGGAAACAAACAUUACGAGAACAAAUACCUAAACGUAAAAUGAAAAAUUUUGAUGAAUUAGAACAACAAAAUCAUGAACGACAAUUAGCUUAUUUAAAACGGAAAUUAUCUAUUGAUCAAAUGAAAAUUUUAUAAUUACAUUACAUAACAAAUAAUAAUAAUUUUU